AUGCGGCGAAUUAACGCGAUCGACGAGGCGCGAGCGGACCCGUCUUACAGGGAUCUGUGCUCCCUGGAGACUCUCAGAUCCGGAAAGAAGGGAUUCUUCCGAGAUUUCAGCGAAAACGUGACGCGAAUCGCCGGAGAGCGGUGGAUCUGCCAGGUUUUCGGACGGCUGACCAGCGACGAGCAAAGGAUUCGAGCCAUCUUCACCGAUGCCAAGGUGAAGGACACGGUGUUGGAAACGUUAAACCGAACGGAGAUUCUGUACCGCGGGAAAGACGCCAACGUGUCGAGAGCGAGGAGGCUCGAGGGAUUCGAGGCGGCGGCCGCGGCCGAACGACGGAAAGCUCUGUUGCUCUUCGGUCAGGCCGUUCUUCGCGCUCCCCUUCCAGGAAAAUGUCGCACGGUCGAUCGAGGUCUCGGAUUACCGCUCGCGUUCCUAGCCAGAGCCGAAACGUUUCUUGCCUGCAACGAGCACGAGCUCGCUCUUCGUGAUUUGAGUUUCGUCGAGGAAAUGCACGCCGAUCUGCCCAACGAGUUACGGGCGACGUUUGCUCGGACGAAGGAGGCGUGCGAGACGUUCGUACGAGCGAACGGAAAGAAGCUGUUGCCUGCGAGAACACCGUCGCAAGGUAAAGGUGAGUCGCGAUUCGUGGCUGUUACCAACGGAGAACGUACGUUUGCUCCGUCGAUAGAAAGAAUAUCGCGAAAAGACGAUAGGUUCGCUUUCGAUUCGCUCGUAGCUUCGAUCCGAUUGACCAGCGACGAGAAUCCGCGGCUGCCGGGCGCCUCCAGCCUGCUCGACAUCGAGGAAACGGAGAACGCGGGCAAACGAGCGAUCGCCGCGAAACCGAUCGAACCGGGGGACAGGUUGGUCGUGGAGGCGCCGUUUGCGGCUACUCUGCUGCCGGAAUUCUUCGGUACGCAUUGUCAACAUUGUUUCUCGAGAUUCGUAGCACCGAUAGGAUGUCCGGACUGCAGCAGCGUCGCCUUCUGCGGCAGAGAGUGCAGAGACGUCGCGAUGGCCAGCUAUCAUAAGUACGAGUGCAAAGUUCUCGCGCUACUGAUAGGUUCGGGUAUGAGCGUUUUGAGCAUGCUCGCUCUGCGAAUGAUCACUCAGAGCGGACUGGCCGGCUGCGUCGAGAUUUGCCGCGCGUUAAGUUGCAACGAGAAGGAACAGGACGCACGACCGUCCACGCAAGCACAGGCGAAACUCAGCAAGUCGGCGAAACGUCGUUCGCGAAGGAAGAAAUUGCGUGAUUCGAGGCGCGAGCAACCCGCGGAGCAAGUCUCCGGUGGAACGGAGCGAGAGAAACUCGUGGAAGGAGACGCGGUCGAUCUGCGGGUGUACGAUCUCGUUACGCACGAGAAACACCGAACGGCUAAGGAUUUUUUCGAGAGAUCGCUGAUGGCAGCGUUUCUUCUCAAGUGUUUGCAGAGAGCCGGCUUCUUCGAGACAGCGACGAGGGACGGAGAGACGCCCAACGAUCGAGAGAUCGCGGUGGCCGGCCUGCUACUGAGACAUCUUCAGCUGCUGCAGUUCAACGCUCACGAGGUGUUUGAGACACGACUCGGAAAUGAACAUCGGUUCCGCGGUAGCAGGCCUCUUUACAUCGGGGUGGCCAUCUAUCCGACCGUUGCACGCUUCAAUCACGACUGUUAUCCCGCGGUAACCAGAUACUUUGUCGGUCGAUCUAUCGUGAUACGGGCGAUUCGCAGUCUCCGAGUCGGAGACGUGGUGGCUGAAAACUACGGGCCGAUUUUCACCAAACGAAGCCUGGAGGAUCGACGGAGAACUCUGGCCGCGAGAUACUGGUUUCGUUGCGAGUGUACCGCUUGCCGCGAAGAUUGGCCACGCUUCGAGACUUUGACCAACGACAUGGUCAGACUGAGGUGUCCGACCGAGGGAUGCUCCGAGCUACACCCGCGUCCCCGAGAUCCCAACAGAUCCAUCGAAUGUUCGUGCUGUGGACGAAGAAUCAACCUGCGAGAACCGCUGGACCGGGUGCGCGAGUGCGAGCACCUGUACGCCGAGGGAUUCGCCGCGAUGGAAGAGGAACAACCCGAGAGAGCGUCGAAGGCGUUCUUCGAGGCAGCGAGCAAAUUUCACAGAGUGGCUGUACCGCCUCACAAGGAUACUCACCUGGCUGAAAUCGCAGCUAGUGCCUGUAUGGCGGACGAAGGCAACGUCUAUCGGCCCGAUUCCUUGCCGAUUGCUUUCCGUGAAUGAAUCACCGGAGCCAACCGAUUCCUAAACCAACAGGAAAUCCAACGACCGUCGUACACUCGUUCCAGGCAGCUUUCUCUCGUCUCGGAGGUCGUUCGAAUAAAACUGUCAAAACGUUGAGGAGCGCAGCUUCUUUUGCUGAAAUCGGGCGCGAAAGGAUCGGGGAAAAGGGAGAAGAAAAUGAGAUCGAUGCAAACGUAAGAAACUUCACCUUCGGUUCGUGAGUUUUGCGAUUUUUUUGGCAUUUAUUUUUUAUAAUGCACAUGUUUCGUGAAAAAAUUAAAUUCCGUAUAUGAAAGUAGCUUUUCAAAGUUUCGCAUUUCGGUACAAAAUUCACUGGGGGUUCGAGGAAAUGAGAAUAUGAAAGAUGCGGAUCGGAAACCGGACAAGGAAAGGGUAAGGAUAAGGGUAAGGAUAAGGACAAGGGUAAAGGUGAAAGCGAAGACAGGGAUAAUGGGGAAGGUAAAGAUGAAGGUAAGGGGCAAGGACGAGGAGAGCAGGAUGGAUCGCCGGGGUGGUUUCGAUCGAGCGGCGACACGUGGGACGCGCGCGGCAAACGCGGCGCAUCCGUGUCGCGUCCGGCAACAAUUACGUCUCCUCCUUUACGUGUAAUUAGAUGACUACCCUUUCUUCUUCGAGACACAUUCGAGGCAGCGUUCUCUCGAUUCUCCCAUUUCUUUCGCUCCUUUCUUUUUUCAUCAUCCGUUCCGUCCCGCGCGAUCCGGGACGACUCCCUCAUCAUCGAGAUCGCUCCUCGCGAAAAGCUGAAUUAAAACUAAUUGACUGUCGCAGCGAGUGGUACGCGAAUCGUGACGCGCCAUCUUCUCGUUCUCGUUCCUCGUCGAGAAACGAGCGCCAUUUCAAAGACACGCGCCGCGCUAGAGGGAACGAUACGAGAGUAUCGAGAACGCCGAGUACGAUUCCUACUCGACGCAUUUCCACAGGCCUUCGAAACGCGAACGAGCCGACGUUACAAUUCGUUCGAGGGAUCACCGUUCGCGACCGUGCGCGUUCCGUGCUCGCCGUUCACUUCAAACGCGGUUCAUGUUCGACGUUGCGGUUGCCUGCUAGCAUACUGGUCCGCGCACGACUCCUCUUUUUUCUUUUUUUUUUUUUCCUCUUUGCUUCUAUUUCUUUUUUAAUUCCGAUAUUCACUUCCAACACAUGCAUCGUUCUUUUUUCCGCAUACAAUUACAACGUUCUGCGUCUAGGAGUCGUUUACCUUACUUUCUUU